AUGACUCCUAUUGUCUUCUUAAGCAGAGGUUUAGUGAAGAAUAUAUAUUUAAUGAACUGGAAUCACAAUCAUCUCAUUGUCUCUAAUCUAAGUGACACUCAAUUUAGGAGUGAUUUUGAACAUAAUCUUCAAAUGUUGAGACACUUGUCAGUCAAUCCUUUGAUCAUUCAGCUGAUUGGUUGGUGUCAUAACGAUAUGCUGUUCACUGAAUAUCAUCCAAUCGGUGACGCAACCCGUUUGCCACAACUGCUCACUCAAGAGUUUUCUCAUUACAACAACAUAUCUGUGAAAUUGAAUUUAUGUGUCAGUUAUGUUCAGAUUUUACAAUACCUUCACAACAGUCCGAUCGGCACUCGAGUGAUGUGUGACUCCAACUCUCUUCACAAAACUCUUUCGCAGUAUUUGUUAACAAAUGAGUUGACACUUGUUUUGAACGACUUGGACGCUUUGCCACAAGUAGUCGUUGGUCACAAAGGGGUUAAAUGUGGUCCGAGACAACUGUUUGGCUCAUUUGUAGCACCGGAACAGUUAUGGCAUAACAACGAGUCCUUCAGUGACGAACAAAUGCCUGAAUACGACCACAAGACAGACAUUUGGAAAAUACCGGACGUCUGUGAGUGGUUCCUAACAGCUGCAACUGAUUCAAACUCUUGGAAUUCAUCGAUUAGACACCAAUUAAUUGAUAUUCACAAACAGUGCAAACAUUUGGAUCCCCAACAAAGACCUACAGCUGAUCAGGUUUUGCAAGUUUAUCGCAAAAUCUUUCAACAAUUAAUUGAUUAA